UGUCUCUGUGUGGUUCGCUGGCCGGCCCCUUCCCCUCGCUCCGAGCUCUGCUGCUCCGGGCGACGGCGACGGCGGCGGUGACGGCGUCCACCGGCCCUGGUCUGCCCCUCCCCUGCUAGCCUCGCUUCCCCCUCCCUCUCCUCCGCCGCCGCCUCUGCUAUCCCUCACUCAAGAUCCCAACCCUAGCGACAAUGGGCGGGCAAGGGCAAGGAGGAAGACGGGAGGGGGAUUUGAACCACACAGAGAAUGAGCAAGGAGGAGGCUGGCAAGUCGCCGGCGGCAUCUCCUCGGCGGCGCCGACCAGAUGCCCACUCUCCUCUCCGCCUCGCGAAGGUCGGCACAUGUAGUCUACCUCCCCAGUACAGUAUGUUGGUGUUGAUUUGGAUUCAGGAUGAUCCCGGCCUUCUGCAUCAAUCGAUGCAUUGCAGCCAUAUUUUAUCACAUGAUGUAUAAACUUUGCAAUGUUCCAAUUAAUGGUGGGGCUUGUCACCAAAUACAGUACUUUCUCCGUCGGUCGGUACCGCGUCAUGAUUGCUGUUGUAUUUGUAACUAGUCAGACUACAGACAUACUGUAUAUAGUGUAAUGACAUUCUCUGCUUUUGUCAACUCUCUAACGACAGUUGAACUUUCUCCGGAGGCCAACUUGUAGGAGCAAUAAUUAAGAAUGCAGGAGGAAGUUGUAUAGUACCUUCCAUCAUAUUCCCCUUGUAUAUAUCUUCAGAAGAUCUGGCAUCCCCAAUAUCAUCCCCUCUCUCCCCUAGACUGUAUACCUUCGUGAAGGCUGGACAGCAGCGCUUGGAUAUAUCUCCAGGAGCAAUAAUUGAGAAUGAAGGAGAAACUUUUAUACCUUCCGUGACUCCCUUGUAUAUAUUCAGAAGAUCUGGAAUCACCAAUAUUAUCCCCGAUUUCCCAUAGAUUGUAUACCUCAGGGAAGACUAGGCAGCAGCUCUUGGAUAUAUCUCCAGGUUGAUGCGCUUGCACCUUGAAGACCGCCGCAUGAGGUCUGAAGCCGAUCAGUAAAAAAAAUUUAGUGUUGAUCCAUGGCGAUGCGUUGGUCGGAGAUAAUUAGGAAAUUCAGGCGUAUAUGCUGAUGCGCAUGCCCUCUCAAGACUGGCGCUAGCAACGACUGCCUGCUAUUUAUUCAUUCCUCUGCUGCUUCUGCUCCUGCAGGUCCUCACAUUGCAGAUCAUUGAUACAUCGGCUUGCAGAGGAGGACGAGAGGAUGAACGUGCUCCUCAGCACGGCGCAAUGGGUGGUGGGCAAGGCCCUGACCCCCAUUGCCGAUGGUUUGCUGAAGGCUUGGGAUGCUACCAACAACUUGGGACUCAACAUUGAGGCCCUGCAGAUGGAACUGCUACUCGUGCAGGCCACGCUCGAAACCGCCAGUCGCAAGCAGAUCGGUGGUGAGGCCAUGGAGAAGCUUCUGGGGAAGUUGCGGCACUCGGCGCACUGUGCAGAGGAUUUGUUGGAUGAGCUGGACUACUUUCGCAUCCACGACGAGCUCCAUGGCACAUACGAUGCCGUGGACCAGCAUGCCAAGGGCAGCAUCCACGACCUUGCUCUCAAUGCUCAUCACACCUUGAAAGGUUGUUGCAAACAGCUUGGUUGUGCUUGGUCACAUGCUAGGAAGAGGCCACGCGACAAUGCCUCAACACCAAAUGCCAAUCAGGUUUAUGAGGAGGAGGUCAAUGGACGCAUGCCGAAGCUUGGUAAACUCCUCCCUUGCUCAUCUUCUUCACAUGUUCACGAUUAUAAUUAUGGCCAGUCAACUCUUUGUGGUGCACCAGAAAGAGAGCAUGUGGAAGAAACACCAAUGUUGAGGUUUAAUAGGGUUGAUGUGUCUGAAAGAAUGAAGCACAUUGUAGAGCAAAUGAAACCUGUGCGUAAAGAAGUUACCAAGAUUCUGCAGUGUUGUGACCGUAUGACUGUCCCAGAUAUUGCCCAGACUCGUCUCAUCACCACUAGUCAGAGUAUAGAACCAAAACUAUAUGGGAGGGACCAUAUCAUGAAUACCAUCAUACAUGAUAUGACCAAGGGCAAAUACAAUAGAAAGGGAUUGAGUGUGCUUCUGAUUGUCGGUCCAGGUGGAAUAGGGAAGACAACUCUAAUACAACACAUAUACAGAAAGCAACAAGUUCAAAAUCAUUUUCAAGUACUUAUUUGGGUAUGUGUGUCGCUCAGUUUCAAUUUGAAUAAGCUGCUAGAGGAGAUUAAAACAAAUAUCCCUCCAGUUGAAGGUGAAAAAAAUGGUAGAGCCGAAGAGUUGAUUGAACAGAGAUUAAAAUCGAAAAGGUUCUUGCUUGUAUUGGAUGAUAUAUGGGGGUGUAGUAAUGAGGAUGACUGGGAAAGGUUAUUACUACCACUAAAAAAAUCACAAGAAAAUGGUAGCAUGAUUCUAGUCACAACUCGGUUUCCAGCAAUAGCAAAGAUGGUUAGAACAGCUGACCAUCCAAUACAGUUGGAAGGUAUAGAAUCUAAAUAUUUUAGGGAGUUAUUCCAUGCAUUUGUCUUUGGUGAUGAUCAAUGUAGAAGGGAUCACACCUUUUUGCUUCAAAUUGGAGAAAAGAUUAUGCUAAAACUGAAGGGAUCACCACUUGCAGCAAAAACUGUUGGUAGAUUACUGAGGAAGGACCUUAAUUUGCGUCAUUGGAGAAGGGUCCUAGAAAGUAAAGAAUGGGAGAGGCAGACCGGUGUUAAUGAAAUUAUGCCUGCCUUGAAGCUUAGCUAUGACUAUCUCCCUUUUCAUCUGCAACAAUGUUUUACCUAUUCUGCAUUGUUUCCUGAAGAUUUUCAUUUCAGUAGCAGCCAGCUGAUCAACUUGUGGAUAGGACUAGACAUCUUACAACUUGGUGCUCGAAACCAAACAUUUGAAGAUAUAGGUUUGAGCAAUUUAAAAGAUUUGGCCACACAUGGAUUUUUCAGAGAAGAGGAAACUAAUGGUCAUUCAUAUUAUGUCAUGCAUGACCUGCUACAUGAUUUAGCAUUGCAAGUUGCAUCUCAUGAUUGUAUUUGUUUGUAUAGCUCCAACGUGGGAUCAGUUGAAGUUCAACCAUCCAUUCGUCACUUGUCUAUCAUUAUAGAUGAUGAUACAGUGUCUCAUAAAAACUUCAAGAUUCAACUGAGAAAGCUGAAGACAAUGUUGAAUAUUAAACAGUUGCAUACUUUGAUGUUAUUUGGAAAAACAGAUGAAAGUAUUGCGAACGUUUUGGGUGAUUUGUUUAGAGAAGCAAAUGCUCUUCGUGUUCUCCAUUUAGUUGACAUGCCAUAUUCUGUGGAGUCCAUUUUGCAUAACUUCUCAGCACUUCUCCACCUAAGAUACCUAUGUUUGGGGACAAAGUAUGGUAGGGAGAUUCAUUUGCCACUUGCCAUUUCUAGACUUUAUCAUUUAAGGAUUUUGGAUCUUGGUUGGUGGUACAGUUGUUGUGAUUUACCCAAAGACUUGAGCAACCUUGCAAAAUUGCAUCAUUUUUAUACCCCAAGUGAUGAGCUUCAUUCAGGUAUCUGUAAUGUGGGGAAUCUCAGACUCUUAGAAGAGUUGAAGGUAUUUAGAGUCAGUAAAGAAAGUGAAGGAUUUGAACCAAAGCAACUAGAGCAUUUGACUGAAUUACGGGAGCUUGGCAUCUAUAACCUUGAGAAUAUGCAGACAGAAGAAGAAGCAUCCAAAGCAAAUUUGAUGGAGAAAAACUAUCUGGAGAGGUUAACAUUAGAUUGGGAUAGUAGGCGGUCUAAUACCGAGCCUGUUAUGGAAGCAGUUGUCCUUGAGAGCCUUCAACCACAUAGAUACCUUCAAGAGUUGUGCAUCAAAGGGCAUGGAUGCCCUUCUUGUCCAACAUGGCUGGGGGAUGAUCUUGCCGUUGAAGCUCUUCAAUCUCUUCAUCUCUCUGGUGUUUCUUGGCAAUGUCUCCCUUCUUUAGGGAAGAUGUUUGAUCUUCGUAAACUAGUAUUGGAGUAUAUUGCCACAAUAAAGCAGUUUGUUAUAGAGCAAAGCUUUUGCAGGCUAAUAAGGCUUCAACUUGUUGGCUUGGGAUGUUUUGAAAAUUGGGUACUAUCACAUGACACUCAACAUAUGUUUCCUCUUUUGCAAGUCCUGGUUAUUAGAGACUGCCUUAAACUCUUGGAGUUGCCAUUUUCAAACCACACUGACAUUGAUUGUUUUCCUGAAUUGCAAGAGCUUCAAAUAGAGGACUGUCCAGAAUUCUUGUUGGUGCCUAUCCCCUGGACUGAAACAUUGAGUUCUGUUAAAAUACGAGGUGUGAAGCUACUACAGAUGUUUUCGUACGACUCAAAGUCAUCCUCUGUGUAUAUUUUUGGGAAGGAUGAUUUGCAAAGCUUAGACCAAGUGCUAGCAUUCAAUAAACUGGUAGGCCUCGAGUCACUGAAUCUCGUGGAGUGCCCACCUCUGGAGCUGAACCACCUUUUGAUGCUAACCUCACUGAAGAAAUUGGUUGCAGAGAAAUUAGAUAGUGUGGUCGUGCCAGCAGGUGGCGAAGGUGAUGUGGAAUGGCAACACCCUCUUGAGCAUCUUGUGGUCCAGGAUUUACAUGGUGCUGCUAGUGGUAAGGACUUGACAGAGCUUCUCACGCACCUCCCAAGGCUCUCCCAAUUGGAAAUCAGAAAUUGUAAAAAUAUAACACAACUGGCAGUGGGGGUGGAUAUGCAACAAACAACGUCAGAUGAAGAUGGGCUGCUCCUCUUCUCGGCAAAUCUCUCUGACUCAGUGCGGGAGUUGUACAUCCGCUUUUGCCCAGAGCUGGUCCUAGUUGACAACCCUUCAAUUGUUCUUCCUGUCAGGGGAGGAGGAGGCCUCCAAGCACUGCGAUCCCUCCAGAGGUUACGGAUUUUCGACAGCCCAAAGUUCUUCCUAUCCGCCAAGAGCUCGUUUUCCUCUCCUUACUGUUGCCCUUUUCCAUCCUCCCUGCAACACCUUGAACUUAAUGGUGUGGAAGGCAUGGGGACGCUGGAGCCACUCUCAAACCUCAGCUCCCUCACUGAAUUAAUAUUGAAAUCUUGUGGAAAUGAUCUAAUAUGCAAGGGCCUGGGGCCUCUCCUUACUGCCGGGGGACAGCUCAGGAGAUUAAUCAUCUAUGGCAGCCCUAGAUUCUUUGCUGGAUGGGAUCCCAAUCCCAUGCGGGUGCUGCAGGAUGGAGGAGGAGAAGAGCAGGAACUGCACCAGCUUGUUUCCCCCCUGUGUUCAUCCAAACUGCAAAAGCUCCGGACGGACGAGGCCAUGGGACUCCUUGAUGUGCCCAUCUGCAGCUUCCUGUCUUCCUCCCUCAUUCACCUGGACCUUUCUGGGACUUGUAAAAUGGAGCGCUUCACUAAUGAGCAAGAGGACGCCCUUUGCCUCCUCGCCUCGCUCCAGCAACUCGAGUUUUCGAGAUUUGACAAGCUUCAGCACCUCCCUGCAGGGCUGCACAAGCUUACCAACCUCAAGCGAUUAGAGGUCGAUUCAUGUCCGGCCAUCCGGUCACUGCCCAAGGAUGGCCUCCCCAUAUCACUGGAAGAAUUAAGUGUCUGCUGGUGUGGCAACAAGGAGCUAAAACAACAGUGCAGGGGGUUAGUGGGAACCAUUCCAAAAAUCAUGCUAGACUGAUCCAAGGCCUCUGCUUUGGAGUUCCCUUGUACAUUCUUCUAGCCUUGUGCAACUCAAUUCUUUGCACACAUGCAUGACAUGGGGAUCUUGUGGCCAUCUUCCUUCAUGUACAUAAAUCUAGUAUUCGUUCGUGUUCCUCAGGAUCACAUUUUGCGUUUAAAUUUGGGUUCUUGACAGUCAUCGAGACUUGGUAGUCUACUUGGCCCGUCUGAGUGUCAGGAUCAACAUAUCAGUAUGGCAUGAGCAUGGAAUACAAAUGAGACUUUGGGAUCAUUCUAUUGAUGUUAAGGAGUUCCUAUGUUUGUUCUGGUAGCUUCUGGUCACCUGUGUUUACAUUUUUUCGAAAACUCACGAAGAAUUGGUGGUUUACCGGGGAAGUUCAUGUUUAAGGAUCGAAAGAUCAUUAUUGGCAUACUUGUGGAAAACAGUGAGAUUUCUGUGUUGUGCUACUAAUAAGUUUUGCAGUUUUUCAACUGAGUCUACAUUCUACAGUAUUAGUGCACUAUUGGAGGCAAUUCAUGUUUAAGGGUCUUCAGAAGAAUACGCCGGACAUGAUGCCAGUGCACUAUUGGAGGCAAUUCAGGUCACUGUUAUCGUUAAAUAGAGCAGCCUCCUUGGAAGCAAAGGCCAUGUUUGAAUCAGGCUUUCCUCUGCAACUGCAGCAGCCAUGCGCAAACUGUUCUGCCCGGUGGAUGCAGUUUCAGCUGUUGCAAGUGCUACUGCACCAGUAGCAAAAAUAUUUCUUGAACUGCAUUGUGCACACUCGCUGCAGUGAAGCAAAUGCAUCUUCAGGAUGAGAAUCCAACCAGGCCAAUCCUCUUUACCUCCAUAUGAUCGAAGGUAGUUGUUAACUGGUGAGAGUUUCUUUACCAGCAGUAGGAUGCUGCUCUUGUACGGCUUUUGUGAAGUCUUGCCGCUCACUGCUGGAGCAUGGGCACAAUGGAAAGAAGGGCGGAGGGGCAUGGAAGAGAAGAGGGCGAUGACCCCCAGACCCUGGAUGUGGAGGGAGCCGGCGGUUGGUAGUUGCAAAGGGUGGAUGAGGUGGAAGAUGAGAGUGUCACAUGAUCAGGUGGAGGAUGAAGGCUGUCAUCAGGAACCACCAUGUACUGCAGUUUGGCAUGCUCUUUGGAAGGGGCAAACAAACAUCUUGGGAUUCUCCUGUUUCUUUGAAAACAGAGGAAUAACAAAUGGGUCUGAUGCCACACUCAGGACUUAUCCAUUCAACGACGUUGGCUGCUGCUGUCGUCGGCGGCUGCUGCUGUGUGCGGGAGCAGAUGGAGAAUGAAGGCUAUAUCAUGAACUAUCAUUUAUGCAUGUUUUUCUAAGGGUAAACAAAAAGCAAUGGGGGAGUUUGUUUUGUCUCUCUUAUUAUUCCUCUGUUUCUCCCAAAACAGAGGAAGAUAAAAACAGGGUCUGAUCCCAGGCUCAGGACUUGUCCAUUCAGCAACGAUGGCAUUCGUCAGCAGUAGACGUAACAAGCAAUGUGGAAUCAGUGGUAAUAGUAGACUAAUUCGGUAGCUGUUGAAAAACUUGCAAUCAGAGAGAUUAAAUAAACAUCAUUCUUCU